GUUUACAACAACGACCCCAAGCACACUGCCAGGUUAAAAAAACUCGAUUGGCCUUCUUAUUCACCCGACUUAAAUCUUAUAGAAAAGUUAUGGGCAAUAAUGAAGAAAAGGGUAGAAAGAGG